AGAUAUUUUUGUGAGGACGAUGUCUGGAUUUUUGCUUCUUCUUCAACCAUCGUCGGGCACGGUGAGCGUGGCCCCGAAAAUUUCACGACCGACAUCGACGUUGUCUUCUGCUGGGAUCGUGAUUUUCCGACGAAUUAACAAGCGAGAACUCACGCUGACGUGAACUCCAGGGGUUCCAAAGGUCGCAGCGGCUUUCGCUUCUGUAAAUCGUGCCGCCCGGAGAAAAUUUUUGAGCUAUCGGGCGCCGGCGUGCUCCUUUGGAGUUUGGAGCCGAUUUCUGAGUUUUUUGGCCGGCUUUUUUUUCUUGGGGAGUGUCAUAAACGAUCGUCGGCUGCCGAAUUCUGAGUGGGGAGCGGCUGUCGUUCGGGGCGAUGCAAGUCGGUGAAGUUUCAGGCAUGUUUUUGGAGGCGCUUCUGUACUCUGCAUUGAGGUUUUGCUUGGCUUCGAGUCCUAGAGGGCGUUCCUGAGGGCGAAGGGUCAGUUUUUGGUGACGAGGAAUCCGGCGCCUUUUUAUGAGUUUUUUUUUUUUCCCCGACUAGUUGUUACCGGAGAGUGAGAAAGUUGGCGUGGGAUUUCACGCCAUUUUGAGUCGGAAUUCAGUAGGGAGGUGUCGGAGUUCUUGCCGGCGAAUCACUUUGAAAGGGAUGCAGGAUCCUUCCGGGGCCCCAUCGCUUCGGUCGAUCGCCGCCGGAUGUGGUAGAAUCCUCGGCGACCGGCGACUGCGGCCCCAACCGACCCAUCAGGCGCUGAAGUGCCCGCGCUGCGACUCGCUCAACACCAAGUUCUGCUACUACAACAACUACAACCUCUCCCAGCCCCGGCACUUCUGCAAGAGCUGCCGCCGCUACUGGACCAAGGGCGGCGUCCUCCGGAACGUACCCGUCGGAGGAGGUUGCCGGAAAACGAAGCGCUCGAAGACGAAGUCCGCCUCGGACGAUCGCCCCAAGAAACAGUCAUCUUCCGCCGGCAAGGCCUCCUCACGCUCCAGUAGCGACACUUCCAGCUUCACUGCCACCGACGCCUCUUCCUCGUCCGUCUCCGUCGCACCCGCCAUCCGGCCGCUCCCAGAAACGUCUCCCCUGGCGCCGCCUCCCCUCCCUGUUGCUCCUUCUCCUCAGCCACCGCCUCCUCCCUCCGGUUCGCUGAUCGACCAGAUCCUCAGCUUCCCACAGCCCCGACUCUUUCCAAACCCCAGCCCCAGCCCUUCGGUUCUGGAGUCGUCCGCGAUGCUGGACAUCCCCUCGGACGGCCUAAACUCCGGCAGCAUCUUUCCAGAGACCGGGAGCUUCACGAGCCUUAUCUCCGGAAAUCUCGCUGCCACCAUACCUUCUGCCGGCAUCGGAGCGGGUCUAGGCCUCAACUUCCCCGGCUUCCCCUUUAAGUCCCACCACCAGAAGAUGGACGAGCUGACAACGCUCGGCCAGGAGCACGCAGACUUGCCCCCGCCGGCCGUCGACGAUCUGACAGCGAUCCACGGGCGGCUGGCGCCUUUAGAGUGGCAAUCCCACGGCGACCCUCCUCCUGCCCUGUUUGACCUCCCCGCCACCGUCGAUCCGACCUACUGGAGCCAGAAUCAAUGGGCGGAUCACGACCAUCACCCUCUCUACCUUCCGUAGAAUCCCCUCCACCCCUCCCAAGAAGUGGCGUGACGGAAGCGUAACUACUGAUACUGCUGAAGGUGUACCGGAUUUGAUUGAUGGUGAGCAGUUCAUGAAACAGAAACAGAGCUGCGGUGAAGAAGGAAGGAAAAUUCUCCAAGAACGGAAUUCUCUUUCAUGCCAAACACACUGUGAAACUUAGUUGCCUGCAUGUUUAGUGUGUGCCCUGUAGCCGAACCAGGCUCAGAUCAUCCGGACACAUCAUACACCACCAAAUCAUGUUACAAAUUCCGGCCGUCCAUACAAGUUGUAGAGGCUCUAGGUCUCCCAGUUGCAACCCACCUUCAAGAUUGAUGGUGUCGAAGCUGGGGAUUCCGUUUGAUUGGCGGUUAGAACGAUUCCGUUUGGUUGGCGGUGAGGCGGCAGGGCACGGCGGCCGCUCCGGCUGGCUUCGUUCAAGGUGCCCUGGUUCCAGGCAAGAGAACUGCAGGGCGCUGCCUCCGGCCCGCUCCACAGUCAUCAGCAGGGUCAACUCAACUUAGUGCUAGUGGGUGGGAUCAUAUUCCAGUGUUGGAGCUAAGAAAAUAUCUGGCAAAAGAUUGAGUAAGCAUGUUAAAGUGUCAAGGGCUGAGCCAUCACUUGACACUUGUCUAUCAAUUAAUAGGUAUUAAAUUCGCGUCUUAAUUCGCAUGCCGACUUACGACACGUUGUAAUUUUUGAAUUGUGACGUUCUAUAUACCAUGUUUUCGCUUAGUGGCCCACACUUUUUUCAUCAAAUAAACUAUGUAAGUCACAUCUUUAAGGGAAAAACCAGAGAACAAUGGUGGGGAUCCAUUUCAAAUCAAAGGAGCAUGAAGAUAGUAGGGAUGGGAAUGGGAGAUGGCAGAACACAAUUGGCUUCUUCAUUCGAAAUUUGGGCGGUAAUCCGGCUCGAUGGUACAUGUCGGGAGCCAUGUCAGGUAGAAAGCCGGCAUAGGACGUGACACCUGUCAACUUAGACAUUCAAAUUAUUCAGUGCAGUGCAGUGGGCCGCAUUCAACAAGAUGGUGUAGCUUGUAUGUUGACAUUGCACAUGAAAUGUACCAAAAAUUUUCAAGUUGCAGCUCCUUGUGAGGAAGAUAUGUUUAGAGCAUAAGCCAAUUGGGUUUUGCAAACCUGAAUUCAUCUCCUAUAGUUCAUGUAAUUUAGUUUAUGUGUACCUCUCAGUUCUUUAGAGACUCAAAUUCACAUUUUA